AAACGAAGGACCAACCGGUGUUGUAGCGCAGUCCGGUGGAGCGUCGACCAACGUGCUGCCUUUCCUUUGCUGCAUCUUUGCUGCUUACUUCUAGCGACUGAACGCGUUUUCCCCAGCAAAAAUGUUGCGCAACAUGUGCAAGACAGUCGACGGCUUCCUCGUCAAUGACUUCCUCCACGACGACAACGUGCGAUCGGCUCUUACCUACAGUGCCAGGCCAGACGAUAUCUUCGUGGUGAGCUACCCUAAGUGCGGGACAACUUGGACGCAGUACAUCGCUUUCUGCGUACUCAACAAGGGCCAGCCACCCGAUGACUACACAGAUUUCAUGCUGCGCUCCCCGUUCCUCGAACUCAUGGGCGCUGAGUCGGCACAUCGUAUGCGACGGCCGGGUGCUAUCAAGACGCACUUCCCAUUCGACAGGCAGCCCUAUCACCCGCAAAGCAAGUAUAUAUACGUCGCUCGGAAUCCCUAUGACUGCUGUGUUUCCUACUUCCACCAUGUCCGUGACUCGCCUGUCUACAACUAUACAGAGGCAACGUUUGAUGAGUUUGUCGACGUCUUUGUCGAAGGAAAGGUUAGCUGUGGCGACUACUUUGACCACGUCACAUCGUGGUACGAGCACAGGAAUGACGACAAUGUACUGCUCAUCACCUACGAGAAGCUCAAGGAAGACACUGCGGGGGCAGUGUUGGAAAUCGCCGACUUCCUGGGUAACCAGUACGUUGAACAGCUGCGCCGCGACGCUGCACUUUUCGCUAAAAUCACCAAUAUGGUGAGCGCCACCAGCAUGCGCCAAGCAUUCAGCUCAGGCAUCAAGGCCAUCAUACCGAACCUCCUUAGCCUGCCACCCGAGAGAGCUCUCAAGUCCGUCGAAGUGUACAGGAGCGUAUUGAGCAAGAAGCGCAUGUCGACCGCCAAGAGUGAAUUCAUCCGAAGAGGCGUUGUCGGUGACUGGAAGAACUAUUUCAAGCAGAAGCACAUUGAAAAGAUGAAAAAUUGGAUUGCAUUUAAAACGCACAGCACUGACCUAAUGAAGCUAUGGGAAAACGCUGGAUUACCGUGAGUGGCCUCUUGUGAAUAAAAGAAAUUGCACUUUUGUGUGAA